AUGGCAUCUGUAUGUACCAACCAACACCAACAACUCCAGCUCAGCACGAGAGUCAGAAGACCUAAAUUUCAAUCCAUAAUUAUCCUAUCACUUGAUAACUUUGUGACCUUGGAAUUUUUCCGAGAGCUCCUAGAGAAUGCAGAAAAGUCACUAAAUGAUAUGUUUGUCCGGACAUAUGGAAUGCUAUACAUGCAGAAUUCUGAAGUAUUCCAGGAUCUCUUCGCAGAGUUAAAACGAUACUAUACUGGAGGUAAUGUGAACCUGGAGGAGAUGCUGAAUGACUUUUGGGCUCGGCUCCUAGAGAGAAUGUUCCAACUCAUAAACCCUCAGUAUCACUUCAGUGAGGACUACCUGGAGUGUGUUAGCAAAUACACAGACCAGCUGAAACCCUUUGGAGAUGUACCAAGGAAACUGAAGAUUCAAGUGACAAGGGCCUUCAUUGCUGCUCGGACUUUUGUUCAGGGACUGACCGUAGGCAGAGAAGUUGCCAACAGAGUUUCCAAGGUCAGUCCAACCCCAGGGUGCAUCCGAGCACUAAUGAAGAUGCUGUACUGCCCAUAUUGUCGAGGACUUCCCACUGUGAAACCUUGUAACAACUACUGCCUCAAUGUAAUGAAGGGAUGCUUGGCAAAUCAGGCUGAUCUAGAUACAGAAUGGAACCUCUUUAUAGAUGCCAUGCUCUUGGUGGCAGAGAGACUAGAGGGGCCAUUCAACAUUGAAUCGGUAAUGGAUCCUAUCGACGUCAAGAUUUCUGAAGCCAUCAUGAACAUGCAAGAAAACAGCAUGCAAGUAUCAGCAAAGGUCUUUCAGGGAUGUGGCCAGCCCAAGCCUGCUCCUGCUCUGAGAUCAUCUCGUUCCGCUCCUGAAAAUUUUAAUACCCGCUUUAGACCGUACAAUCCUGAAGAGAGACCAACAACCGCUGCUGGCACAAGUUUGGAUAGGCUGAGGACUAUCUGGAAGACAAUGCAACAUAGUGUUACAGACAUAAAGGAGAAGCUGAAGUUGUCCAAAAAGUUCUGGUCUGCUUUACCGUACACCAUCUGCAAGGAUGAGCGAGUGACAGCUGGCACGUCAAAUGAAGAGGAGUGUUGGAAUGGGCACAGCAAAUCCAGAUACUUGCCUGAGAUCAUGAAUGAUGGGCUGACCAAUCAGAUCAAUAAUCCAGAAGUUGACGUAGACAUCACUAGACCAGACACUUUCAUAAGACAACAGAUCAUGGCCCUGCGAGUGAUGACCAACAAGUUAAAAAAUGCAUACAAUGGAAAUGAUGUCAAUUUCCAAGAUACAAGUGAUGAAACCAGUGGCUCAGGCAGUGGCAGCGGCUGUAUGGAUGACAUCUGCCCGACUGAGUUUGAUUUCGUCACUACUGAAGCACCCCCUGUCGAUUCAGAUAGGAGAGAAGUGAACUCUUCAGCCAACAAGCUCAGCUACCCACUCCUCACGUGGCCUAUCCUCUUCAUUGUCUUCUCACUGCAAAGACAGUGGAGAUAAUCCUGGAUUUCGGUCAGAUAAACUGAGUUUUAGCUAUAUGAACAGCCAACUUCUUCUUUUUCUUACACUAUUGGACAAUGGACCAUGACACAAUACUUAACAGUUUUCUAUGAGAAGAGAGCAGUAACACAAUCUGCUUCCCUUUUUGUUUUCCCAAAGAGCACCGGGUGCCAGACUGAACCGCUUCCUAUUUCCUUCAGCUAUCUGUGGAGACCAUGUCUAUUCUUGAGUGAAUUCUUACUCAAAUCUUUCUUACCAAGGGACUUUCUUACCUUCAUUUGCUUCUAUGCUGCAGAAGUAAAGGGAUCUCACAUUGUGGGGUUUUUAUUUCCUUUCAAAAAAUAAAGGGCACGGAGGGAGUGGUAGGGGAGAGCAAGAUAGAAAGAAAAUAAUUUUUCUUCAGAAAUCAGGCCAAACCCCAAGGCUGCUGCAUUUUCAACAGACAGGCAAAGGAAGGUAGAAAAUUUUUUUAAAAAGACCCUCUAAAUGAUAUCAUUUCUUUAUUGACAGCCAGCCCUCUAACAAGGGCCUCUUUAUGGCAAUUCAGGUCUAUAAAAUGGUCAUUGGAAGAAAGUUUGGAAUUUUUUCUAAGGAAAAAAAGUAGUGAAAAUACAGUAUGUCUCAGUGGUGAAUGUCUUGCACUCCUGGCCACCAACACUAAUUGAUUGGAAGGCAUUGAAACUGAUAAUUAGAAAAUAAUCUUUAGCAGUAUACCAACACUACAAAGAGUUCAGUAUUUCCUAUUACUUGCCAAUGAAGAUUCACAUCUACCUGCCCAGUAUACAUUUCCAUAGUGGCACCAUUUUUCCUAAGCUGUUUAGUUUUUCGCUUUGUUAUCCACUCGGCACAGGAGUUCUCUCUCCUUUGCAGUACCCUUGACACAUCUUCCCUCUAAGAUUUGGACUGAAAAAUGAUCUCCGGUAAUAGAAUUUCCUCGCUUUUGCCACCAAUCCCACAUUCAUUCAGUUUUUCUGCUCCUGUGCUUACUACCCUCCCAAAGUGACAGUUCUUUCAAUGGACUGAUAAGCAAUUUGGAUCCAUAUGCAAGUUUUCAUAUAUAAGGACUUCCUUUGUGUCAGUUGGUUUCUGUAUCACAAGGGCAUUCGAUUACAAAACAAACAGAUAAGAUAAAAAAACAGUAAUAGUAUUGACAUGGAGAUUUCUUUCA